GAUGUGGAUGCCUCGAUGCGACUUGUCAACGGGCCCUGACCACAGCCUGUCGGACCAUCCGUGAAGCCUUCGGCUCCGGGCUGCUGGAGCUUGGGGGCCAAGGGUGCGUGCGCCCCACCUAAGCUAGCUCUGGUUCUUUUCCCGGUCGUAAAAAACGGCCCUGCAUUUUUCUCCCCUGCUGUGAUUGAAAGCUGCGAAAUCCAUCUGUUUUGAACGCCACAUGAAAGCGGCCUAUCAUACUUAGUAUUCGAUAUCUCAACUCUCCUCCCCCAUGUCUUUCUCAUUCUCUUUUGCCGGUGAUGACAUAGACGAGGACGUUUCUGCACCCCAGAAAACUCCUCCAGCUCCAGCUCCAGCCCCGGCUGCCUCAACGUCCAGCGCCUUCCCAGUGCAGGGGAAGCCUCAGCUCCCCCCGGUCCACCAUGACCUGGGCCAGCUGCUGGCGAAGCUGCCGUCCAAGAUAGCAUACAGCCUUCUGGAUGUGGACUUGGACGGCAAGGGUUCCAUACAGAUCCCAAGGAGAGAGCUUUGGGAUGUCAGGCUCCAGCUGAUGGCCGAGGAAGACGCAGAAGGCGACGAGCUGGAGCCGGGUCUAGGGGCCCACGACGUCAAGACCGGCAUCUACGAGGGAGGAUUCAAGAGCUGGGAGAGCAGUGUUGACCUUGUCAAGGUCCUUGCGGCAAAACAGGUUCCCGGGGCCUUGGCUGCGGCGCCUUUCCACAUCAUAGAGCUGGGAUGCGGCACCGCAUUGCCAUCUCUCGCCCUCUUCCACUGGGCCUUGCACAGCAGGGCACAGGCAGCAGAGGGGGCACAGGAGCAUCAGACACCCUUGACACUCACACUGGCCGACUACAACCCCAGCGUCCUGCAGCUCGUCACGAUGCCCAAUCUACUCCUCGCAUGGGCCUUGAGUCGGAAAAGCUCUGACCAGCUCAUCCAGGAUGCCUUGUCUGUCACCGAGGGGGAGCUGGAGAUCACGGAGCAGGUUGUCGACUCGUUCAAGAGCUUCCUCACUUCGGCUGGUAUCAAUGUGUCCUUCAUCUCGGGUGGCUGGUCGCCCGAGCUUGUCGAGUUGAUCUAUACCAGCUCUGCUUCAGUGUCGAGCGGCACAAAUGGUGGCGGCGCCCUCCAUACUCUGAUCAUGGGGGCGGAGACCAUCUAUUCUCCAUUUGCCCUGAGUUCUUUCACGGACACUCUACUUUCGAUCCUGCGCAGAGAGCGUGAAGCUGGAUCAAGCCGCCAGGCUACGGCCAUUAUUGCCGCGAAGAGAUUGUAUUUUGGAGUCGGCGGUUCUCUUGACGACUUCGUGGACAAGAUGCGCGAUCUCGGCGCUGGCGUCAGUAUGGUGAGAGAAGAGACCGAGGGGGUGAGACGGGGUGUCGUCGAGUGCGUUCUUCCAUGAGGCACGGUAUAGAGCCGUGCCACAAGAUGUUGCGCACCUGUGCGCACUCGGACGACUCCAUCAGGAACAACGCCAAAAUUCUCCUCGAAGAUUGGGAAAGCCUAGUUUCCUUUUCUGAGACGAGUGGCUUUGACCAUGCUAAUGAGAAGCCCUCUCUUGGCCAGACUAGAAUCAGGUGGGUAUGCAGCUAUGGCUGGACGUUGAGCGUUUGCUGCACCUCCGGCGGCAAUGCGCGUCUAAGGGCAACGUUGGGCGCGGGAGACGCCCUGUUGUUAGCGAUUCAACACCGACUCGUCAACUUCCGCCGGCGCAGACCGCACCAGAGUCCCGUAUUGUCAAGAGUCCGCCGCAAACUCUUCCCAUGUCCGCUAUUACCCGGCCAUAUCCUUGGAGCAUACCCGUUCCCGCCAGAGUCGCAUCCGCAAUACGGGCCCUUGCGGGGCGCGGCAUUAACACUUCACUCAACGAAAUCAUCUCCGAAGAGGUCUAUAUGAAGGUUGCCGAGGGACGACGCCUCGUUGGCCGAUAGACGGCGAGUCGUGCGCUAGUGCUUCCAUAGUGAUGUGGAAUGCUCAGUCGUGUGGCCGUCGGCAACCGGGCUGUGGAAAACCUCCGCUCGGGAGGCCCGGCCGUUGAUGGGUGAUGAGGGCAAUACAGGCAGGCAUUGGCUGUAUAGGAUGAGGCAAAAUCAACUUCAAAGACAAUGACCACGCCAGAGGCUGCCGACCUGAGAAGUUCCUUGUGAGGACUAGAAGCAAGAUAGUCAUCAACUCCUAGUGAUCCAGACUACCACUAAGCAAUAUCUGAGCCUCUGGCGAUCGGGGUCUGCAGAUUCAAGCUUCUGAUGAAGAAGGUUGAGCGGCGGCCUGCUAGCACGCCACGGCCGAAGGUACAUGCAAGCUGCAGGGACCGCGUCCCCUGUGACGCAGGUACAGACUCUCCGUUCCUGAUAGGCACCGAAAUAAUUGGGUCAUGCAAAGCUUGGCGGUCUGACACCUUCUGGGGGCCCGGAGAUUUGGGUGCUCCUAGGCGUCGGGCGAACUUACCGCAAAAAAAAAAUUGCCUCGACCAAUUUGACUUUUCCCGGUUUUAAGCUCGCGAGUCGCCAACUGUGACGACUGCUGCUGUCAAAUCCGGCCCCGAACUGUAUGCAUCUGGCUGUCUGGGAGGGCCUAGCUCGCCCCUGAGGGCUGAUGGCAAGGCAAGGCACAGGGUAUGACAAGACCAGUCUCGUGCGGAGAUGAACGAGUGAUCGAUUGACAAGGCAGUUGUGACAAUCGAUGCUGUGCUUCUGCUUUUCCCCCAACUGUGUGCUGUACAAGUAUACAGUCAGACAGUGUGGUAUUGUGUGACAGGUACCAUCAGCUAACGAGUGGGCCGUGGCCAGACGGCCAAAGAGGUCUGAGAGGAUCCAGGACCCACAGGACACAGACAUUGUCGGUUCUCCGCGAUCAGAAGAGGGCGUGGCGCUACGACUUGCCACUACUACGCGACUGAUGAGUAGUGAGACGGCUGGACGGGCACCAGUAGAAAGUGGCUGGGGGGUUGGAGAGCUGGGGAAAGCUGGGCCCUCAUGAUUGGCAUGGGGUGACGAAGCGGGCUGCGACAAUGACGAGCCGACGAAUUCCUCGGGCGCCGCGAUGUACGCAAGUCUCAGGAGGCAUGACGAACGGCCUAACGGUACGGAGCCCGCCGUGCAGGCAGAGGCUGGCAGGCUGGCAGGCUGGCAGGCUGUCCACAGUAGGUAUACCGGCCGCGCCAGUGUCAAAAGGGACUGUCCUCGGCACGUCUAAACCUUAUGUUGGGAGGCCUGGGAGGGGAGCGCGGGUACACAGCCUCACGGCUCGGCCUGGAGUGUGGAGUGUGGACUGUAGUCUGUAGCGCACAAAGACUGACGAGUGGGUGUGCCAGAGUCCCAGAUUCCCAGUGUGCCACGCGGUCGAGACACGAUAGAGAGGCGCAGCAAUAGCGAUCUAGAUGCCGUGUGAGAGCUUAUACGGGGUGGAAGGUAGGGUAUGGAAUGGACGGGACUGCGAAUGAGAAUCGAUGGCACUGCGCGAAGACGCACCCAAUGAGGCCAAGGAUGGG